CAUGCGUGGUGAGACGGCAGACAGAAAGACCUGUCAAUCGAGAGGAGCACGUCUAUCGUUUUGUGUUCUUUAAUUCUCAGGCGGUUCAGGUGAUAAUCUCCAAAGUGUUUCAGUAUUAUUUGCAACAAACACCAGCAAAAAUGACCGACUCAAAAUAUUUUACCACUACAAAAAAGGGAGAAAUAUUUGAAUUAAAAUCCGAGCUGAACAAUGAUAAGAAAGAAAAGAAGAAAGAAGCCGUGAAAAAGGUCAUUGCUUCCAUGACCGUAGGCAAAGAUGUAUCUGCACUCUUUCCUGAUGUAGUAAAUUGUAUGCAAACUGAUAAUUUAGAAUUGAAGAAAUUGGUUUACCUUUAUCUCAUGAACUAUGCAAAAAGUCAACCAGACAUGGCCAUUAUGGCUGUUAACACAUUUGUCAAGGAGCUCGCAACGUCUCCGAUGCUAAAGGACUGCGAGGAUCCGAACCCGCUGAUUCGCGCUUUAGCCGUCCGCACGAUGGGCUGCAUCCGCGUGGACAAGAUCACCGAGUACCUGUGCGAACCGCUGCGCAAGUGCCUGAAGGACGAGGACCCGUACGUGCGCAAGACUGCGGCCGUGUGCGUGGCCAAGCUGUACGACAUCAACGCGGGUCUGGUCGAGGACCAGGGCUUCCUGGAGCAGCUCAAGGAUCUGCUGUCCGACAGCAAUCCCAUGGUCGUGGCCAACGCCGUGGCGGCCCUGUCGGAGAUCAACGAGUGCAGCCCCAGCGGCCAGACCCUCGUCGAGAUGAACGCGCAGACCAUCAACAAGCUGCUGACCGCACUGAACGAGUGCACCGAGUGGGGCCAGGUCUUCAUCCUGGACUCGCUGGCCAACUACUCACCCAAGGACGAUCGCGAGGCGCAGAGCAUCUGCGAGCGGAUCACGCCACGCCUGGCCCACGCCAACGCAGCCGUCGUACUCUCUGCGGUGAAGGUGCUGAUGAAGCUGAUGGAGAUGCUGCAGUUCGAGUCGGACUUCGUAGGUACGCUGACGAAAAAGUUGGCGCCACCGUUGGUCACGCUGCUCAGCUCUGAGCCCGAGGUGCAGUACGUGGCACUGCGCAACAUCAACCUCAUCGUACAGAAGCGCCCCGACAUCCUCAAGCAUGAGAUGAAAGUGUUCUUCGUCAAGUACAACGAUCCCAUUUACGUGAAGCUGGAGAAGCUGGACAUUAUGAUCAGGCUGGCCUCGCAGGCCAACAUUGCCCAGGUGCUGUCCGAGCUGAAGGAGUACGCCACUGAAGUGGACGUAGACUUCGUGCGCAAGGCCGUGCGUGCCAUCGGGCGCUGCGCAAUCAAGGUGGAGCCGUCCGCCGAACGCUGCGUCGCCACUCUGCUCGAGCUCAUCCAGACCAAGGUCAACUACGUAGUGCAGGAGGCGAUCGUCGUGAUCAAGGAUAUCUUCCGCAAGUAUCCCAACAAGUAUGAGAGUAUCAUCUCGACGCUGUGCGAGAACCUGGAUACGCUGGACGAGCCCGAGGCGCGCGCCUCCAUGAUCUGGAUAAUCGGCGAGUACGCCGAGCGCAUCGACAACGCGGACGAGUUGCUGGAGAGCUUCCUGGAGGGCUUCAUCGACGAGAAUACGCAGGUGCAGCUGCAGCUGCUUACCGCCAUUGUCAAGCUGUUCCUGAAGCGGCCCACCGACACGCAGGAACUCGUGCAGCAGGUGCUCAGUCUCGCUACCCAGGACUCGGACAACCCGGACCUACGCGACCGCGGCUUCAUUUACUGGCGACUACUCAGCACUGAUCCUGCCGCCGCCAAGGAGGUCGUGCUCGCCGAGAAGCCGCUUAUCUCCGAAGAAACAGACCUGCUGGAACCCACGCUGCUGGACGAGCUUAUCUGUCACAUUUCCAGUCUGGCCUCGGUCUACCAUAAGCCGCCCACGGCCUUCGUUGAGGGCCGCUCCGCCGGUGCGAGAAAGUCGCUACCAGCCCGCACUGGCUCCAGUGACGAUUCGGCGGCGCGGGCGCAGCCACAAGCACAAGUUAUCCCGGCUCAGGAUUCGCUGAUCGGUGACCUCCUCAGCAUGGAUAUCGGCGGUCCGCCGAUGGUAACCCCGAGUGCGCCGGCGUCCUCGGGCCUGGAUUUGCUAAGCAGCGGUCUUGACGGCAUCCUGGGAGCACCGGCAGAGGCCAGCCAGCCAGUCGUGUCCCAGACGACCACCGGCCUCUUGGGAGACAUUUUCGGCUUCACGCAAGGCACCACCUCGUAUGUGGCGCCUAAAAUAAACUGGUUGCCGGCGGACAAAGGCAAGGGUUUCGAUAUUUGGGGAACAUUCUCAAGGAAGGCUGGCCAGAUUUACAUGGAUAUGACCUUCACAAACAAAGCCAUGCAACCAAUGGGUGGCUUUGCCAUCCAAUUGAAUAAAAACAGCUUUGGCUUGACGCCUGCCGCUCCGCUACAAGUACCUGGACCUCUGAAUCCGGGCCAGAGCAUCGAAGUCAGCUUGACUUUAGCCACCACGGGGGCGAUCCAGCGAAUGGAGCCGCUUAACAAUCUCCAAGUAGCCAUCAAAAAUAAUAUUGAUGUGUUUUAUUUUGCCUGCAUAGUGCCGAUGAACGUCUACUUCACUGAAGAUGGUCAGCUUGAUAAAAGGGUUUUCCUUUCGACGUGGAAGGACAUUCCUGCUCAAAAUGAGGUGCAGUAUACUUUGACUGGUAUAAUGUUAACAACAGACCAAGUAGUUUCGAAAAUGCAACAGAACAACGUCUUCACAAUAGCAAAGAGAAAUGUAGAAAGACAGGAUAUGUUGUAUCAGUCGUUGAAACUCACAAACAACGUAUGGGUACUUGUAGAAUUGAAAAUUCAACCUGGAAAUCCGGAUAUCCUGUUAUCUCUUAAAUCUAGGACUGCAGAAGUCGCAGCAGCGAUAUUUCAAUCGUACAAUGCUAUUUUAUAUUCAUAAAUUUACAAUCAUUCCAAUGAUAUUCAAGUUUUCUGUAUAUUUGUUGAUGAUGACAUUAUCUAGCGUUGAUGCCUGAUGCGGAAUAAAUUUCUAGACUUAAAUCCUAUUCCAUUUUAAUGGUUUUUUUUAAAUUAUAAUGUAUUAUGAUUAAGGCAUCAAAUUCAGAUAUAUAUGUAUAAAAUAUACAA